GCGGUACGUAUUUGUAUUUUUCAAGACACAUAAUCCGAGAUUAUUAGGGGGCGUGCCCAUGCUUAAACUAGACGAGCUCAGAACAAGUCUACAGUCUCACCUCCCUGGUCAAAUCCCUAUAUAGCUUGCAGAGAUCCUUAGACCAUGGACAUGUCAGUGACACUCCCUAGUGGCCAUGCCAUGCCUCUGGUUGGUUUAGGAACCUGGAAGCUGAAAGCUGAUGAGGUUGCCGGAGCGAUAGGAGCAGCAGUAGAUGCAGGAUACAGACACUUUGAUUGUGCGCUCAUCUACGGCAAUGAGAAGGAGGUGGGCGUCGCCUUGCGGGAGGCAAUGCAAAGACUGGGUUUGAAGAGGGAGGAUGUCUUUAUAACAACCAAAGUGUGGAACACAUUUCAUGCCAAGGAAGACGUCGCAGAGUGUUUUAAUCGAUCAUUGACUGAUCUACAGCUAGACUACAUUGAUCUCUACAUCAUGCACUGGCCGUUAGGAUUUCAAAACCUUGGUCCAACGGUCAUGUUUCCUCGCACAGAGACUGGUGACAUAGUUUACUCCGAUGUGCACUACCUAGAGACAUGGUCAGCCAUGGAAGACCUGGUCAAGACUGGUAAAUGCAAAUCUUUGGGACUGUCAAACUUCAACAGCAAGCAGUUAGAUGAUGUACUCCAGCAUUCCACCGUUCCACCAUCUGUCCUGCAGGUGGAGAGUCACCCGUUCCUACCGCAGGUGGAGCUGCUAAACUUCUGUCGAGAGCGAUCAGUGGUGGUAUCAGCUUACAGUCCUCUUGGCUGUGGAGACAGGGCUUGGAAGCUGUCUGGUGAACCUAGUAUAUUUGAUGAUCCAGGGUUACUGAAAAUAGCUCAGAGACUCCGCAAAAGCAUUGCCCAAGUUGCUAUCAGGUAUCAGGUGCAGAGGGGUAUCCCUGUGAUACCGAAGAGUGCUACUCCAUCUCACAUCCAGGAGAACAUCAAUGUCUUUGAUUUUGAGUUAUCGGAGGAUGACAUGGCGCUCUUAUCAAGCCUGCCCAGGCGACGCAUACUUGUACCACCCAAGAAGGACAAGGAUAACAAACCAAUGGUGGACAGCGACGGUCUAGUGAUCCCUAGAGAUGGAUCACAUCCCUAUUAUCCCUUCCAUGAGCCUUUCUAGAAACACUGCCUUAGAGUCUUUGAUUGUAUGGACAUGAAAUAGAGCACAACUUAAUGCGUGAAGGUCAAUUUGAGUUCUGAUUAUUAAAAACAAAUGAAGGAGCAAACAUAAGGAACAUAUUCUUAGUUUUAUUCCUAUCAUUGUAAGCACCAUCCAGACUUUCCUUGAUUUUGAGCAAGUAAAUGAUGAAUCUUGCAACUGUUUGCUGAGCCAAGUCAUGCAAUUUUUGCCACAUUCUAUCUGGUGUGCAGUAUGUGGGGGUAAUAAAUGCAUAUUCACACUUGAAAUCAAACUGAGGCAAGUAAACUGUGGGCCAAAAUUUCUGAAAACACAAAUUUAAUUUUCUUACCAUUCUUAAUCUUGAGACACAGAAAAUAUAAUACAUGCUUCAAAUGCUCAGCUCUUUCAUAUGAAACCAAAAUGUGGAAAAAAUAUUUAGCUUUGCUUUUGAAACCAUUAUCAGAACUCAACCUCCCCCUUUAAUCCUGCUGUAGAAAUUAUCGAGUUCAUAAAACAAAUAUGAGGCAUGAUUGGUCAACAGUACUAUUGAAGUAGUAAUAAUUAUUGAUAACCAAAGGCAAUGUAAAUCAUGAUCAGACGUGAUUGGGAACAGCUGUAUGUGUUUGCUUUGUACUUACUCAUCUAGUUAUGAUAGCUAUGAUCAUAGAUUUAAUUCUUGCCAUGGAAAGAAUAAUUUUCCUUAAGUCUUACUGAAAAUUAACACAUUUUUCUCCCAUUUAAAUGUUGAUCAUUUUUUCUUUGAAAUGUCAGGAAUCUAUUACAUUUUCAAUCAAAUUAAUAAACAUGAUUUCAACUACAUGUCAAACUGUUUAAUACAUAGUUCUCUAACAAACAAAAACAAAACAUGGAUUUUCAUGGAUAUUGAAGGCUAACAUUUGGAGUGGACUUUAAAAGAUUAUUAUAAUUAUUAUUAUUAUUCAUUUGUUCUACUACUCGUCAGGACAGAUUUGAUAAAAACAGGUUUUCAUGUGACGAAGAUGGAUGUUGUUCAGAUGAGCAUUCUAAGUAUAAUAUGCUGUAUGAUAUUUACUUGCAACAGGUGUAUUAUGAUGGCUCUAGAAGAUAAAACAUAUAUCAUGCCAGGGAGUGUUAUUGGAUAUAAUGUAAGUAGUGCCAAAUACUGAAUAGAGUAUAUUGUAAUGUGCAAUUAUGAUGUCAGUUUCUGACCAUUUAAACUAAAAAUUUGCUGCUCAGAUUUCAACAAUAUCUAUAGCUGUAAUGAUUUCAAGUGAGUUUUGUCUCUUUAAAUGGUAUCAAGGGAUUUUUUUAUAUUUUGUUUUAUUUUACAAAAUGCUAUUAACCUGCCCAAAUUUUAGCAGCUGAAAUAUUUGUUGUUGGUACAAUCUAAAUGUUUCAAUAGAUGUAUACUAAUAUUAGUGCAAUCUCAUAUGAUAGUCUUAUUCAAGUA